UUCGUAGAUUGUGCUUCGUGCACCUAUAAUUUUUUUUGUCGAUUCCCAGCAACCACCUGGGGUUUUAACCAAAUUGAAACGAUAGGAAUAGGUGUUAGUCGAUAUGGAAGACGACCUGAACAAACUGUCCAGUAAUAUAAUUAUUAAUUUAGAUAGAAUCAAUCGAAUACUCAGCCCUGUUCGUUUGGAAUCGAACCUUUUAUCAAACUCCAACUUACCGGAUCGUCUUCUCACACUGAUCCAGCAAGAAUGGACUCCAUGUACAGAUGUGCGGACUGUAGAUCCGUCAAAUCGUCUUACGGUGGAAGAUGUCGAUACGCUGUUUAGUAGAAUUCGUCAACGUUCUGUCGUGGGAACAGGACCUCGACUCAACAGAAAUCCAUCACAAAAGAAACUCGUCCCAUUACAGCAAUCUCGCAUUUUGAAUGAAACUAAUUUGGUUAAUAGCCAGUCCGGGUCGCUAACGGAUCUGUACGAUAGCAGUAAACUAGCUGUGAAAAGCGUUGACGUGGAGGUGUUGGUCAAAUCACUGAAAAAAUCUGCAGAAACCCUGCAACAGAUCGAAAAUCAUUCCCUAGAUCAGAUAAAUUUUGAUCGGGUUGAGCGUUUUAAUAAGCGAGAGUGUGAUAAGAUAAGAGAUACUAUCCAAGACAUUGAAUCAAUGGUGCAGGAUUUGGAAAAGUUUGUAAUCUGCGAACAGGAAGUCGAUAGUGGACGAAAAGAAUUGUUGACUGAAAGAUUGGUUAGUCUACUGAGAGAUUUGUCGGAGACUAUGUCUCAAGUAAUUUUUAUAAAGAACAACGAGUACAUUCCAGACAUGAAUAAAUCUUUUGGACUGGACUCUUUUCCAUUAGCAGAAUGUCUUGAUGAUGUCAACGAAAAUAUCCGCCAGAAAAAAUUAUAUUAGUAAAAUAAUAGU